AUGAGUCAGAGGCAGGUGCUGCAAGUGUUCGAACAGUACCAGAAAGCCCGGACCCAGUUCGUGCAGAUGGUGGCGGAGCUGGCGACCAGACCCCAAAACAUCGAGACGCUGCAGAACGCGGGUGUAAUGUCUUUGCUGCGGCCUCUUCUUCUGGAUGUGGUCCCAACAAUUCAACAGACUGCUGCUUUGGCUCUUGGGAGACUGGCCAAUUAUAAUGAUGACCUAGCAGAAGCAGUUGUGAAGGGUGACAUUCUUCCACAACUUGUUUAUUCAUUGGCAGAACAGAAUCGGUUUUACAAGAAAGCAGCUGCCUUUGUGUUACGGGCAGUUGGUAAACAUUCUCCUCAGCUAGCUCAGGCAAUAGUUGAUUGUGGAGCACUGGAUACGCUGGUGAUAUGCUUGGAAGAUUUUGACCCUGGAGUCAAGGAGGCUGCAGUCUGGGCACUUGGAUAUAUUGCAAGACAUAAUGCAGAACUGUCACAAGCUGUGGUGGAUGCGGGAGCUGUUCCUCUUUUAGUACUCUGUAUCCAGGAGCCAGAAAUUGCUUUGAAAAGGAUUGCUGCUUCAGCCCUCAGUGAUAUUUCAAAGCAUUCUCCAGAGUUAGCACAGACAGUAGUGGACACAGGGGCUAUUGCUCACUUAGCCCAGAUGAUCCUCAAUCCUGAUUCUAAAUUGAAGCGUCAGGUUCUUUCAGCUCUCAGUCAGGUUGCGAAACAUUCUGUGGACCUGGCAGAAAUGGUCGUUGAAGCAGAGAUUUUUCCAGUUGUACUUACCUGUCUGAAGGACAAAGAUGAAUACGUGAAGAAAAAUGCUUGUACUUUAAUUAGAGAGAUUGCAAAACAUACACCUGAGGGUGUACCUCAGUUGUCAGUCUGCUUGUCAGAAGAACCAGAAGAUCAUAUUAAGGCUGCCGCUGCCUGGGCCUUAGGACAGAUUGGGAGGCACACUCCCGAACACGCACGGGCCGUCUCGGUCACAAAUACUUUGCCAGUUCUGCUUUCUUUGUACAUGUCAGUAGAAAGUUCCGAGGAUCUUCAGAUAAAAAGUAAAAAGGCCAUAAAGAAUAUCCUACAAAAAUGCACCUACCUACCAGCCCUUGAACCAUUUCUAUAUGAUGCUCCUCCCAACAUUCUGAAGCAUGUUAUUGGACAGUUUAGUAAGGUGCUGCCACAUGAUAGCAAAGCUCGGCGACUCUUUGUGACAAGUGGUGGACUUAAAAAGGUUCAAGAGAUAAAAGCAGAACCUGGUUCUCUCCUUCAAGAAUACAUCAACAGUGUUAACAAUUGUUACCCAGAGGAAAUAGUAAGGCUUGAGGGGACGGAUGGGGCCUGGAGACGUGGCGAAGCACAGGCUCGGGCAAAUACGGCCCAGGAAGCGGCGUGUCGCACGCUCCAAGCCCAGGCCCGGGUUGAGGGCUCAGCGAGCGUGAGGCUGAGGUGCCCGAGAGGCCAUACCCGCGGCGGCCCCGGCACAUUUGAGAGGCCCGCAGCGGUACUCCCAGGUGCGGAAGCGCGACCACCGCACCGCUCCGAGACCGACACGGAGCUCCAACCCAAUUGGCUGGCGUUUGCGCGGGGCGCUUCACCGCGCGGCUAUAAAGGCGCGCGGGGCCGCACCACCCCGGCCAUUUCCCUCCGCGCGCGGACGGCGCUACUUCCCGCCCGCCCAGGCGUCGGCGAGGAAGCUUCGCGGCCGUCUCCCUGCUCUCUUAAGAGAAGACGGCGAGGAGAUGGGCUCUCCCCGCCGUCGCGGUGGGAACGAGCGAGAACAGUGGCGCGGCUCGUUCUCUCCCCGCACGUCCUCCUCGUCACAAUAGUACCUGAGACUUCGCUGUGA